AGAGGGGUGGCUCCAUGACAACUGUUAUUCCGAGCUUCAUGUUAUUUCAAGUUCAAACGAUAGCAGCCAGUUCAAUAUCUGGGUGGUGUGGCAGUCAACAUGAGUAGACAAGUGCCUGCAGCUACCUACACACUACAUUUCUCCUCUCUCUUUCUUUGGAACAUCAAAGGAGUCAUGGACCUUCCCUUCUCCAAGUAUUUCUGGUUCUUCUGAGCGGUCUCCGAGGAGAGCUUAUAGUGAAGUCUGUCUACUUGAAGUCUCUUCCUCAAACAUCUAUCGCCUCGUUUUCAGGGUGUACACUACAGACCUACAUGGUCAGGUCUAAACUGGACUGUGUCCGUCGCUGCUUCAGCCUCACUUCCUGCGUCUCACUGACGUACAUGGCGCAGGAGCCGGAUAUGGCGUCAUGCGUGUGUCUCCCGUCAUGCUCAGCGACAAACAGAAGCGUCAUUGCAUCUCCAGGAACCGUUUACAUCAACAUGUGGGGCGAAAACACACCUACCUUGGCGUCAGGUUCUCUGUGGCUCAACAAGACCUGCACCUACGCUGAGGAUUGCUCAGAUCAGAACGCCAUCUGUUACAAUACCUCCUCAACAUCCAUUUGUCUGUGCACACCUGGGUAUUUCUAUUCCAACAGUUGCAACACCUGUGUUCCAGAAUGUGACCAACGCAACCUGCUGGACACGUUCGUGGAAUACAAAGGAGGAUGUCUCUACGGAUACGAUGACAUAACGUUCCAUGGCGUCACACAUGGUUGUGUCGAGCCAGUUGUGCUGCCAACAAGCGAUGUCUCACCUUCGAUUACAACUUCGAGACCACAAUGUGUUUCCUAAGCUACCAAACGGCGCUGACGUCACACGCCUUUAGACAAAAUUGCUCC